AUGAGCUCUGAUGAAAUGGAUGCCUUUCGUGCAGAACUACUGCGACAAAAGAUAAUAUUUGAGGCGGAGCUGCGACGCCAAAGGGAGACAUUUGAAGAACAGCUUUCGAGGAUGGCGCAGGAAUUAGCCGACCGGGAGGCUGACUGUCGUAACCUGCAGGCAGUUGUCACGAUUCUGGGGAAAAAAAUAGACUCACUUCUCGAACGCCGCGUGGCCACACCGCAGCGACGCCCCUCGCCGAGCCGGCAGCCAAACAGUCCACCCGACGAUCACGCAGCACGCGAGACGGCCUCCGCUCGUCACAUUCCACCACUUCGUGUCCCGAGUCCCACCACGCGACGGGCAUCUCCGUUCCGGCGCAAUACAAAUUCAUCAUCCGCCAGACUCGCUCCCACAGGCUCUAUCUUUCAUGGGCAAAGUAUUAGCAGCGUAGGGGGCAGCUGUCACAACAGCCCGGCACGGACGGCCAGUCUUAAUGGUCAACGACCAAAACUUGGACACGAGAAUAUACCUGACCACUGUCUUGUUCGUAGAACGAGCGGUGCACGUUCACAAAAACUUAAGACGGGAGAUUAUUGA